AUGGCUGACCAAACGAUCACGCCGGCCAUGCCGCCGCCGGCUGGCCAGACUUCCAAUUUUAUCAACCCGGAUUACGCCUCAACGAAGUUCAUUGCUGUGAAUUCCGUCUUCCUGCCUUUGGCCUUGAUUGCUCUCAUUGUCCGAACAUGGACUCGACUCUUUGUGGUGCGCAGUUUCCGCUGGGAUGAUUCUCUUAUGCUGUCUUGUGCGCUUACUGGUGUGACAAUGGAUAUGCUGAAUUGGGGCCUGGGAAAACACAUGUGGGACGUCCCUUUAAGCCACCUGACACCCCAAUUUAUGAAGCUCAAUGUGAUCGCAGCCAUUUUAUACUGCGCUGCCACAGGCUUCACAAAAUGCUCGGUCCUCAUAUUCUAUCUUCGCAUCUUCCCUAGUCGAAGCUUCCACAUCGCUGUGUGGUCAAUUGUGUUCAUCGCGGCCGGCUACAGUCUGGCCAGCAUUCUCGCCAACAUCCUCAGUUGCACCCCUGUCGCCAAGGCCUGGGAUCUAAGUAUAACAUCUGGGCAUUGCAUGAAUCGACCAGUAUUUUACUUCGCCAACGCCGGACUGGGUAUCUUCACGGAUUUCGCAACUGUCAUUGUCCCAAUUCCAUGGCUACGCCGAUUACAGAUGCCGAGUCGGCAGAAGAUUGCCGUUGGUGUCAUUCUCGCGAUGGGUUGCUUUGUCGGUAUCGUCAGUUGCAUCCGCCUCGUCACACUUUAUAAGCUCCUCAAAAGCCCAGAUCUGACUUGGGUUACGACAGAUGCGCUUAUGUGGUGCACGAUUGAACUAAAUUUAGGAAUAUUCGGUGGCUGUAUCACGGCCAUUCGGCCAUUCAUUCGAAGGUAUUUCCCCCGACUGCUGGGCCUUUCCUCUGGAGGCGGAUAUGGUUCAUCGCGACCUCGCAAGUAUGGUCACCCCCUUGCCUCGAUUCCUCGGAGCGACCGUCCAGAUUUUACGAAUGGCGAGAAUCAAUACUCAGCAACCCUUACCACCCACGGGGCUCACGAAAAUGGUAGCGAGGAACACAUCCUAGUAUCGACGCCGCGUUCCGCAAGACAUAACAAGGAGGUGGAGGCAGCUCUCGAGAUCGUGCAUACAGUCGAGUUCGACGUGGAAAAUUCAUCCAGCUCUGCACGAUGA